AUGAAUCCGAGCGACAGGGAGACGCUGCCAGACGUGGCUAAGCCAUCUCACUACCAUGUCUCGUUGUACGAUCUCACUAUUGGCGGCAACUGGGGAUACAAGGGAACUGUCAAGAUAGACACCAAGAUCACGCGUCCUACUAAGGAGAUUGUGGUCAAUGUUAAGGCAAUUGACGUCCAGUCAGCUGAAAUCUCUGCCAAAGAUGGAAGUGCCGGCAGCAAGGCCACCGACAUCUCAUAUGACCGCAAGUCUGAGCGUGCCAUCUUCAAGUUUGACCAAGAGAUACAGCCAGCAGAUAUGCUGCUGACCAUCUCCUUCACCGGAACCAUCAACAACUUCAUGGCUGGUUUCUGCCGUGCUGGAUACCAAUCGGCAGCUACUCCAGGACCUGCCACGCCUAAAGUUGGAGACAAGCACUACAUGCUCAGCACCCAAUUCGAGUCCUGUGAUGCCAGACAGGCAUUCCCUUGCUUCGAUGAGCCCAAUCUCAAGGCUACUUUCGACUUUGAGAUCGAAAUUACUAAAGGUUUAACAGCUCUCAGCAACAUGCCCGUUAAGAGCAAGCGUGAGGGUAGCAAGCCUGACCUUGAGUUUGUCUCUUUCGAGAGGACUCCUAUCAUGAGCACCUAUCUCCUUGCCUGGGCUGUGGGUGACUUCGAGUAUGUCGAGACCAUGACCAAGCGCAAGUACAAUGGCGCCAGCAUCCCAGUCCGUGUUUAUACUACCAGAGGCCUCAAGGAGCAAGCCCAGUUUGCCCUCGAGUGUGCCUCCCAAACCUUGGACUACUUCUCUGAGGUCUUUGAGAUCGACUACCCUCUCCCCAAGUCUGACUUGCUCGCCGUCCAUGAAUUUGCGAUGGGAGCCAUGGAGAAUUGGGGUCUUGUCACCUACAGAACCACUGCUGUCCUUUUCGAGGAAGGAAAGUCUGAUGAGAAGUACAGAAACCGUGUUGCCUACGUUGUUGCCCACGAAUUGGCUCAUCAAUGGUUCGGUAACCUUGUCACCAUGGACUGGUGGAACGAGCUCUGGCUCAACGAAGGUUUCGCUACCUGGGUCGGAUGGCUUGCCGUGGAUCACUUCCACCCAGAAUGGAACGUCUGGUCACAGUUUGUCACUGAGAGUGUGCAACAAGCCAUGAAACUCGACUCCCUCCGCGCAUCCCACGCCAUUGAAGUCCCAGUACGAAACGCCCUCGAAGUCGAUCAGAUCUUCGACCACAUCAGCUACCUGAAGGGAAGCUCCGUCAUUCGCAUGUUGAGCAGCCAUCUUGGCCAGGAAGUUUUCCUCAAGGGUGUUGCCAAGUACCUCAAGGCCCAUAAAUAUGUCACUACUAGGAUAAUGCUGACAACAUUUCAAGGAAAUGCUACCACCAACGACCUCUGGUCUGCUCUUAGUGAAGUGUCUGGAAAGGACGUCACUUCUUUUAUGGACCCAUGGAUCCGCAAGAUCGGUUUCCCCGUCGUCAACGUUACUGAACAGACUAACCAGAUCAACGUUGAUCAAAGACGAUUCCUUGCAUCUGGCGAUGUCAAGCCAGAGGAGGACGAGACUAUGUGGUGGAUCCCACUUGGCAUCAAAUCCGGCCCUAAGGCAGAGAAUGCUAACAUCCGGAACUUGACCAAGAAGUCAGACUCGGUUACUGAAAUCAACUGCAGCGAGUUCUACAAGGUUAACAAAGACCAGUGUGGCUUCUACCACACUAACUACCCACAAGACCGACUCGUCAAGUUCGGUGACAGCAGAAACCUCCUCAGCUCCGAGGACAGAAUCGGCUUGAUUGGCGAUGCUGCCUCUUUGGCUGUCUCUGGCGAGGGAAGCACCGUAUCCCUGCUCGCUCUUGUUGAGAAGUUCCAGGAUGAGGCUGACUGCCUUGUCUGGGCUCAAAUCAUGACCUCCCUCGGUAACUUGCGAUCUAUCUUUGGAACCCAUGAGGCUAUCUCUAAGGGUUUGAAGGCUUAUGUUUGCAAACUCGUCACUCCCGCCACUGAGAAGAUCGGCUGGGAAUUCAAGGACAGUGAUGACUUCUUGACCAAGCAGCUCCGACAGAUCCUCAUUGCUGCUGCCGGACGCUCUGGCCACGAAGGCACUGUUACUGAGGCCAAGCGCCGCUUCAAAGCCUGGUCCGAUGGUGACAAGACUGCCAUUCACACCAACCUCCGAUCUGCCAUCUUCUCCAUCAACAUGGGAGAGGGCGGUCGCCCUGAGUACGACCUCCUCGUUAAGGAGUACGAGACCAACACCAGCAUUGAUGGAAAGGAGAUCUGCCUCGGUGCGCUCUCCCGUGCCACCGACCCCGAGCUCAUCAAGGAGUUCCUGGAGUUCCUUUUCUCGCCCAAGGUCUCCGGACAGGACGUCCACACUGGUGGGUCGGGCUUGGCCGCCAACCCCAAGGGCCGCUACCUCCUGUGGGACUUCAUCAAGGCCAACUGGGGACGUGUUGAGGAGAAGCUGGGUGCCAAUAAGGUCCUGCUUCAGCGCUUCUUGCGCCUCAGCUUGAUUAAGUACGCUGAUAACGACGUUGAGAAGGACAUCACCAAGUUCUUCGCCGACAAAGACCAGGACGGCUACGACCGUGCCCUUGUCAUCGCAGCGGACACCAUCAGGUCCAACGCCAGCUACCGCGAGAGAGAGGAGAAGGCUAUCCUCGAGUGGCUCACCCAGCGUGGCUACGUAUAA